GUUUGCUUUUAAGUAUGAAUCAACACAGGAUUAGUAUGCGUUUAGUAGAAGGAAACAUUUUCUCCUUGUGAACUGAUCUCCAUAAGGUCACUGUGCUGACUCUUGGGGAUCACCUGUUCAGUUUCGAUGGCCUUUGAGGCACUGCUGGAUCAAGUUGGAAGCCUGGGGAGAUUCCAGAUCCUUCAGCUGGCAUUCUGUUGCAUCAUCAGCAUCCUACUGUACCCUCAUGUUCUGCUGGAGAACUUCACUGCAGCCAUCCCUGGUCAUCGCUGCUGGGUUGACAUCCUCGACAAUGACACUGUUUCUGACAAUGACACUGGGACCCUCAGCCAAGAUGCCCUUCUGAGAAUCUCCAUCCCGCUGGACUCCAACCUGAGGCCACAGAAGUGUCGUCGUUUCAUCUAUCCCCAGUGGCAGCUCCUUUACCCAAAUGGAAGCUUCUCAAAUAUGAGUGAGCCAGACACAGAGCCGUGUGUGGACAGCUGGGUGUAUGAUCGAAGCUUCUUCUCCUCCACCAUUGUGACUGACUGGGAUCUAGUAUGUGAAUAUGAGUCACAAAAAUCAGUGGUUCAAUCUCUAUUUAUGGCUGGAACCAUUGUGGGAAGUUUGAUAUAUGGCUAUCUUUCAGACAGGUUUGGACGGAAGAUCAUGUGCAGAUUGUCUCUCCUGCAGCUGGCCAUCUCUGACACCUGUGUAGCCUUUGCCCCCACCUUUCUCAUUUACUGCUUACUACGCUUUUUGGCAGGGUUCUGUGUUGUGAAUAUUACAGUAAACCUCUUUAGUAUGGUGUUAGAGUGGAUAAGUCCCCAGGCACAAUCUAUGGCUGUAAUGCUGCUAUUGAGUUCCCUUAGUAUUGGGCAGAUGUUCCUAGGAGGAAUGGCUUUUGCCAUUCGAGAUUGGCGCACACUGCAACUGACCAUGUCUAUACCCAUGUUUGUCUUGUUCUUGUUCUCCAGGUGGAUGGUGGAGUCUGCUCGCUGGCUGAUUAUCAACAAUCGGAUAGAUGAGGGCUUAAAGGAACUUAGAAGAGUCGCAUCCAUAAAUGGACAAAAGAAUACUGAAGAGAUCUUGACCAUUGAGUUUCUGAGAUCCACCAUGCAGAAGGAUUUGGAUAGAGCCCAGAUCAAAGCAUCAAUUUGGUCCUUGUUCCGUGCACCAAAACUGCGAAUGAGACUCAUCUGCCUGUCUUUUGUAAUGUUGGCAAGCAAUCUACCUUUCUUUGGCCUGAUACUCAACUUGCAGCACUUGGGGAGGAAUGUCUACCUGUUUCAAGUUCUCUUCGGAGCUGUCACAUUCAUAGGUAGAUUUUUUGCCGUUUGGAUACUGAAUAACGUGGGUCGUCGACCAAGCCAGAUGUUGUUCCUGUUCCCGGUAGGACUUUCCAUUUUGGUCAACACCUUUUUGGACCAAGAAAUGCAGACCCUGCGUGUGGCUUUAGCAACUUUGGGAACUGGUGCUCUUUCUGCUGCUAUUACCAGCACUACUGUCCAUCAGAAUGAGCUCAUCCCCACCAAAUGCAGGUCAAUAGUUGGAGGAUUUGUUUCAAUGUUCAGUAUGAGUGGAGCAGUACUGGCACCUCUGUUGAUGACCCUCGUGAGAUAUUCUCCCCACCUGCCCUGGAUUACCUAUGGAGUUUUCCCCAUUCUUGCUGGACUUGUUGUCCUUUGUCUCCCAGAAACCAGGAACCUGCCUCUUUCUAACACCAUCCAGGAUGUGGAAAAUGACAGAAAAAGAACAAGAAAAGUAAAGCAGGAAGAUACUUGCGUGAAUGUAACAAAAUUUUAAGGAGUUCCCAAGACUUGAUUCUGGGCAGAAAAAAACAAGUGAAAAAAAAUCAAGAUAAUUGAUAUAUACCUACUAACUACCCCAAUAUACAAUGGACAGAUGAAUGACAUUUACAGUGGUACCACUGAAUAUAUGAAUUGUCCAAAAUAAUUUGUACGUUUAAAUAAUUCUGGAAAAUACUUUUGUGAUGAAGUUGUGAACUUCCCAGUUCAUCUAGAUAUUAAUAAAAACCAAGAUGAUCUAUGAAAAAAGCAUCAUGGAAUGAUGAUGGGCCUGACUCAUAUAUGGCAAAGCAUAUGCUGGACUCUGUUAAAAAACUAGAAUCAUCUAAACAGUAACAGCCAAUGUAAACUCCAGACAUACCCAUUUCAGAAACACACCCAAGUAUUUUAUAAGCAGUUUGUUAUCAAAUUGUGGACACCAAGAAUCACUCAUAUAUUGGAAGAUUAUGUAAUUGAUAUUAUUACUUACCUCUUUGGAAAUAGAAUGAAAAAGUUUAUGAGAAUGGUUUCCUUUUAAUGGUAAAAUUAUGUAUUUUUUUCUUUGUACACAUUUGAAUCAUUUAAACAUAUUAUAAAUGUAAACUAUUAAAGGACAAUUAACAUGUCAAGUGAUUUCAACAUAUAUACAUAGAUGUGUGUGCAUGUUUAAUACUUAUCAUUCCAAUAAAAUUAUACUUCAAUACAAAAAUGGGCAAAGGGAUAAGAACAAGCGUGUUUCAAAGACCACACAAAUAAUAAAUAUGGAAGGAAAUGGAAAAAAAA